AUCUUUACUCGUCCACGCGGUUGUUUCAGUUAAUAUUAGCUGCAUUCUUGGAAUUACCCUCCAGUCUAUAUAAACUAGAAUGAUUCAUAAUGUCGGAUGAGCAAGAUCCUUUUUUUUUUUUUUACAUGGUCUUAGGAAAUUGAGUACUGCGAUAAAACCUCUCCAACACAAAGACACACAGUGUUUGUGGGUUCAUCAUUAAAAUAAGAGCGGGGGGCUUGUUAGUUUGUGUAAACGUUACACAUAUAUGCUUGACUUCUGUGAGCAAUGUGUUCGUUGAAUUGUUUAAAUGAAGCUUCUAGGUAGUUUCGAGUAAAUUGAUCAGUUGCUCUGUUUCUUAUUUAAGCAUUGGCGGCUGGCAGUUUGUGGCCUACCUGCCUUUGAUUGUUUGCAGCACUUCUUUUUCCCUUUCAAUUAGUAUAGACUGUAAGCUUGUGAAUCUUGGCUCUUUGAUGGUACUUAAAAGACAGCUUAGGGAGGGGGGUGAGGAAGGUUCUGAACUUCCGACUAAACGCCGGCAUUUAGUUUCGACCAUAUUCAAAGGGCUGAAUUAUGGCCGGACAGUGCAAGAAUAUGUACCCUGCUUGGAACCCAUCAUUAGAAAAUGGGUGCAAGAGGCGGUGGAGCGUGCAAUUGACAGAUCUCUGAGAUCCUCGUAUAAUCAAGAGGAUUGCUCUCGAUCAAGGAGUUUGCAGCUGCAGUUUCAUAACAAUUUGCCCCACACCUUGUUUACGGGCAGUAGGAUUGUGUCUGAGGACAGAAAUCCUAUAAAGAUUGCCUUGUACGAUUCUAGUUCCCAACAAAUAAUAACAUCGGGCCCACUAUCUUCAGCCAAAGUGAACAUCGUCGUGCUUGAUGGUGAUUUUGGGCCUGAUGAUCAGGAAGGGUGGACAAAGAAGGAAUUUAACCACAGAAUAGUGAAGAACAGAGAAGGGAAAAGGCCAUUGGUGGCUGGAGAGUUAGUGGUUCCCUUGAAGGAUGGGGUCGGUUAUAUUGGUGAGAUAAGCUUCACAGAUAAUUCAAGCUGGAUUAGGAGUGGGAAGUUUCGGUUGGGAGCACAAGUGCAUGCUAGUUCUGAUGAAUUAAGAAUUAGAGAAGCAAUAAGCAAUUCUUUCAAAGUUAAAGAUCACCGAGGGGAGUCUUAUCAGAAGCAUUAUCCACCCUCCUUGGAUGAUGAAGUAUGGCGGCUGGAAAAGAUAGCUAAAGAUGGCACAUCCCAUGAAAAACUGACUCGGUAUGGGAUCACCUCUGUUAGAGAUUUCUUGAGGCUCUAUUUUUCGGACCAGUUCACACUACGUGCUAUACUUGAUAAAGUCUCAAAAAGGACAUGGGAGACAAUUAUCGGACAUGCUACAACGUGUACUUUAGAUGACAAGAACUACAUGUACAGGACUGGACAAGGGACAGGGCUGGUAUUUAACUCCAUAUACAAGGUUAUCGGGGUGACUCUUGAUGGACAAAGUUCGCAGCCUGUGAAUAGUCUCAACAUACACCAGAUGAGGAUGGUGGAAAAUCUGAAGCAGCAUGCUUAUCGAAACAUAAAGGACUGGGUUUCAGUUUGUGACCCAUCAAUUGUUGGAUACCCUAUGCUUUCGGCAAGUCCAGCUGCUGACAUUCUUAUGAAUCCUAGCAUGGGUCUCCAUGGUGUCAAUUUCCAGGAACAAGAUCACCAAGAAACAGAGAUGAACACUUAUCAUCCAACAUUCUCACCACCUUACAAAACUGAAGUGGAACAACAACAUAAUUGUUCCUUCGAGUUGGGGGAGAGCUCAUAUCCAAUGCAAGGCUUCAAUCUGACAUUUAGAAACAGUUUCGGGACGAGUGAUUCUCCACCUGGAUUCCACAUUGGAGGGAACUACAUCGGGCAUCAGCUGUCAACUGAUGAUCUACCCAUCGAUGAUUUUCAGGUUGACCCAUCAGCAUUGCAAGGGAAUGGACAUUUUCUUGAACCUAACAAUCCUGAGAUUGGUGUAUUUUCUUCCGACUCUGGGAUCCUUAUCCCCAGGAACCCAAGGCCCAAAGCAAGGUGGUGCAAGGUUCUGGCGGUGGUUAAGUGGCGGAUACUAGUUAGGCGUAAUGUGGCCGCAAGAAAAUGGAAACGCUUCUACAACUAUAUGUAAAUUGAAACAAUGAUCUCAAAAGCAAUCAUUACAGGCAAGCUUCUCCUCAGAUGAAAAGUAUUUAUCGACUUCUAAGAUGGUUUCUCAUCAUCAAAGUCUUGAUCUGCUCAUCACCCACAAGUUUGUAUAGGCAUAGUUCUGGUAGAGUUAGAGUAACUUGAAAUAAUUCUGUGCAGUAUUAGGUCCGACGGUUGUCAAGCGUCUCCCUCCCACAGCAUAAUGCGUGAGAGAGCUGGCAGAAAGUGUGGCGUAAAAUCUUCUUAUUCAUUUAUGUCGAGAUCCAGCACUUAAGUGAAGAUUUGGGGUGGCUGAAAGCCCGAAACUGAGGGCAGCUGCCUGAGUUGAGCUUCCUAGUGUUGGCUAGUUUUUGCUUUGUCUAAUUCUUUUCUUUCAUUCGAUUUGGGUCUUGUGCAUCAAAUCUUUGGUGCUUGUACAAACAGCAGUUCUUGAAUCAAUGUUCAAGUUUCAGAUCCAGAUCCAUCUUCUUUGUUUUUAAAAAGUGUGUUCGGAUUGCAGCUACUGGAAUACAUGUGCUUGCUUUUUGUUCAA